CGGAACCCCUCUUUUGGAGUGACGCAGAUCAACAAGUUGAUAAUCUGCUCCUUUCCUACGUUCCUUUACAAUCUUCAUUAUCAAACACCGCAGAAUUUGAAAACAUCUCAUUUAUUCUUCUUCGUUUUCUGAUACCAUGACACUCGUGCAAAAACAGCCCGACAUAACAUACCACCCUGACUUCGAGAAAUAUCAACUGCGCACGGAACGUCUGAAAGCGCAAAGGAAUAGCAACAUCGGUCUACCCACUGCUUUCCCAUCGAAGUUGUCAGGACCUUUAGUAUGGGAAGGAAGUGACUUCGGAGAGAAGACACCCUGGGAUUUUACUUUAAGCAAGCCCCAACUCGAAGAGAUAGACUCUGCUCUUGCGAAAUUCAAAGAACUCAAUAAGCCAAUCGGAUUCGUGAGCAAGGAGACAUUUCCAUUACCAAACCUGUCCCACGAUCUUCGAAAGCAAGCCCAAGUCCUAGCAAAUGGCAGAGGUUUCUUUGUUCUCCGAGGUCUCGACGUGGAUCGAUAUUCCAGAGAAGACAACAUUAUCAUCUAUGCUGGAGUUUCCUCGUACAUUGGAAGUGUCCGUGGUCGCCAAGACAGCAAAAAAAUCGAUGGCGAGAGAAAGUCCUCUAUGCUGAACCACAUCAAGGAUCUCAGCCAGACAUCUGUGGCGGGAAAUAUCGGUGCCCCAGCUUAUACAACUGACAAGCAAGUUUUCCACACUGAUGCUGGAGAUAUUGUAUCUCUGUUCUGCCUCAAUACAGCUGUGCAGGGUGGUGCGAGCAAACUUGCAAGCAGUUGGAGAGUUUAUAAUGAACUUGCCAAGACGAGACCUGAUUUGAUCAGAACUCUUUCCGAGGAUUGGGCCUUUGAUGGAUACGGCAAUGUGGAGAAACCGUACACUACGAGACCUCUUUUGCACCAUACACCAGCUCAUGGGAAUGUCCCAGAACAUGUCAUUAUCCAAUACGCCCGUCGGGGAUUCACAGGAUUUCUUCAUUUACCAAGAAGUAAAGACAUCCCACCAAUUACCGAAGCGCAGGCAGAAGCUCUCGAUGCCCUUCAUUUUCUGGCCGAGAAGUUCAGCUUGACUCUUGAUUUUCAGAAAGGAGAUAUUCAAUACGUAAAUAACUUGAGCUUGUUCCAUGCAAGGGACGGAUUUGUGGAUGCGCCGGGUCAAGAGAGGCAUUUAAUCAGACUCUGGCUGAGAGAUCCUGAACUUGCGUGGGAGACUCCCGAGCCGUUGAAAGAGAGAUGGGAUGAACUUUAUGGAGACGUGACAGCGGAGGAGCAGGUGUUUCCAAUUGAGCCAAGAAUCAGAGGUGGGGCUGGAAGGACAUAGCACAGUAUAGUUCUUCCGACACUCUUUCACUAGUAGAUUGAACUAUUCAGAAGUAUAAGCAUGUUGAUUUUGAUACUAAAUUUAAAGAACAAAAUCCUUUUACUGCAAC